AUGAAUGCAAUACCACCCAUUCUCGCCCUUCCUAAUGAAAUUCUCGCUAAAAUCUUCGGUGACAACGACCUGUCCGAUGUGGACAUUAGCAGGUCCAUCCAAGUCUGCAAGCUAUUCAAGGAAAAUAUUCAAAAAUUCGUUGGCCAAAAACUUACGUUCGCCGUUGAUGAUAUUUCCCACUCAGGAUGGAGGUUCGCUCGGUGCCUCCUCAGGAACCCAGAAAUUGGCGAACACUUCGCGAACAUGACGGUAGAAUGGCAUCGAAGGAAUUGGUCGGAUUGGAAAAUUGACAAAGAACAUUGGACAAAAGACUGGGCCUGGACAGGACUAGAGAGGGAGAAGAUCUCGGCCCUUUGCAAAAAGUGGGACAUCAAUGAAAAAACAAAAUCAAUUAUUUUAGGUGGCAAGAAUUCCGAAGCGCUGUUGCCUUUACUUCUCUGCUUGACCCCGAACCUGAAAUCCCUCGAUUUGGGCGAGGUUGAUCUCUCACUAGUGGAUUUGGGCACACAAGCGUACAGACCUGGAGGCGAAACAUACUCAAGCGCACUAAAGCUUCUAAGUUGUGAGUUCGAUGAAGAUGGCGAUGACGAUGACGAUGACAGAGACUACCAUAGACGCAACUACAACUAUAGAGUUCAAACGGCAUAUUACAAUUGUCUAAGCAGUUACCAACCGCUUGACCACUCCUUAUUCUUUUUUGAUAAUCUUCGAUACAAAGCCAAUGGGGAUAUAGUGGGCCCAAAAACACUGCUUCCUGGUCUCGCAAACCUCGAGUUUUUCAAAAUUGCAGGCCCAAAGAACCAUAAGAGCUCUGACGAGCUGUCGCUCCACCAGUCGGAGUGUUUUCUAAUCCUCCUGCUACCGCGGAUUCAAUCCGUUGAAAUCCUCUCUACAUUUUCACAUUGGGAUUCGCAUGAACCACUUAGCGACGGACCGUCAACGUUAAAGCGACUAACCUUCAUACGCGGAUUUGACGACCGGUGGGGCCCUGAACGUGUCGCCUUCUUUGAAAAAAUGUCUAAGAUCACUAGUAACUUGGAAAGACUCUAUAUAAAUGCCACUUUCUCUAUGUUCGAUGGGGACCCUGCUCGAUUUUUUGAACCUAUAGCUAGGGUGUUUUUACAAAAUAUCAAGUGUUUGGAAUCCUCCAACAUCUUAGUAAAUGGCGGAGGGUUCAACGAAAUGGGGGAAUGGAAUUUCUAUGAGGAGCGGCGUCGGGAGGUGGCUCGAAAACAGAAAGCCUUCGAGUUAAUCCGGGGUAAGCUCCAAACCUUGAAACCGCCACCAAUCGUAGUCACCAGCAACAAAAUAAUUCCCAAUGUUCUCAAGCAUCUUAAUCGCAGCGGCGUAUUCAACCUCAUGUUAUCGUGCAAAGCACUCUAUGAUAUCUGCUACCCCGAUCUGUGGGCCAGCCUUUGUUUUGGUGGAAGGUACGAUCGCGAAUAUCCCCGGCCAUCGGUUACUGCAGAAGCAUCGCACCGCUUGGUAAAAUCCUUCGAACUCUCCGGAGCUGGGGGCCUUGAGAACUUGGAACGGCUAGAACUCGGCCAAGGUUUCUAUAUUGCAGUAGAUGAUUCCGAUCGGUCGCCAAAUGAGAUCCUAUCCGCGCUGGCAAACCAAAUUGAACUAGGAAACACACCGAAGCUCAGUCACCUAUCCCUUGAUUGGACGCUUAUGGUUGCGAGGAUGCGGCCAAGGGUUGAAGAUGAGUUCCAUGAUCCGGCAAGCCUCCGGUUCUACCGUACAAUCAAAGAAUACUCACAAAAAAAAACUCCGGAAGAGUUCAGACUAAGCCUAGUCUUCAAUCUUCCCAGCCCCCCGAAAGUGGACCCUACCUCGUUACUAGAUACCAGAAAUCUAAAAGACCUCGAGGUCCUCUUACUGUGGGACGAGAACUUAGCCAUGGCAACACUGGCUGCAAAUUCAUUAGUUGAUAUACUCUCCGGCUCGCCCAAUCUGGAAAAUGUGACUCUACGGACCUGGAUUGGUGUGAGCUAUCAGCCCAGGGGGGAAAUCAAGAAGGGAGUAAAGCAGUUAUGGGAGGCCCUCACAGGCCUACAAACUGUGAUUGGAGGUCUUAAAAACCUGCGUUCUCUGUCUAUCAUAGAUGCGCUCUCGAUACACCCUUCCUUUCUCCUCACCCCACCACCUGCCUGCAGAUCAGUUUCCUACAGAGGCAAGACGACGACGCUGUGGUGGGAACAGUUUGCAAAUUUCCCCUUCAGCGGUAUCGAGCGCAUGACCUUAGAAUGUACUGAACUAGAUACCGCCGAAGGAAAGGCUAUGAAACGAAUAACCGGGCAGGAAUGGACACCAGUGGAAAAACUUCUAUUGGGCGACGUCAAAGUCUCGACCUUGAGAUGGCUUAAUAUAAGUCCGCCAUCAGGAGGCUUAGGCAAAGAAAUCGGAUACAAGGGUUAUCCCAAAGAUUUCAUCAAAUGCAUGCUUAAAAAGAACAUACAACUCUCGGACGAAUGUUUACGACCACUAGCAAGUCAAAUCGCAAUAUCGUAUAGAGCGGAGCGCGCGAAGGUCAUGGAAAACGUUUUUAGUAUGCAGAUGGCCAACCUAAAAACCCGACUCUGCGCCGCUCUCGAUACAUAUGCGGAAGAUACUGCUCUCCAAACUCUUCGAGAAACACGCUCUAUUGGAGAAGAGUUCCAGUCUGAGAUGAGGAAUAAGCCUGUUGAUAUGCUUGUACAGCAGUUCGAGAAUGAGCUGGGGCCGGAAUUUAUUGCUAAAUGUACAGAAACUCUUAGAGUACAGCUGCGGGAAGGCAGGCCUCCAUCAUUUUCGAAUCCACAAAGGGAUCAGUACGAUUCUGACGAUAGCUACUGA